ACGGUUUCAUUCCAUUGCAGGAUAGCGCACCUGAAAGAAAAUGAGAAGACAAUCGAACAGCUCGGGUCUGAACGCAGGAAGUGCAGGUGGCGAGCCACAGAUCAUCGUCGAGGAAAGCACACUGGGAGAAGAGGAAGCGGACCGGCAUAGAAACGACUCACCUCCACGAUGUCUUGAUCCAGAUUCCCCAUCCUUGAAUCCUUAUCUACUGUCCCCAUGGAGGGAAACCAGGAAGCACUCUUUGCCGACUCCGCAAUGUACUUCCGGGAUCACCGCGUCUCAGGUCAGGCGACUGAGCGAACGUGGCGGAGAAGGAUCUGGACCGUCGCCAAAGGAGGCUGCUUUUCUGGCAACGCUCUCUCAGGCACCAGCCCCUCAGCCUGGCGGCCGAAGGCAUUCCGUUGUAACAAUUUCCAAAGUCCCACCGACACUAUUUGGCCGUAAUCGUCGCGAGUCCAUCGCAGCCUUUCCGCUGGGAGGCGCCACCAGGAUAUUACCCGGCCGUCGUGACUCCAAGUCUGGAAUUUCGGGGCCACCGAGUAACAGUGGAAGCACGCAUAAUCUCCAGCUGGACAUUAUGGACAACAUCGCUGAAAUCAAAGCGAGAAAGGUGCGAUUGAAGAUGUACAAAACGUCGACAGAGCAAGUAUGUGAGAUUCAGCCUUUGGAGGGUAACAGCAGCUCGUCCCAGCGGUAUACACAGUACCAGAAGACGUCCCUUCAAAGACGGGCCUCAGAAAUACCAAAGGCGGUGGGCGCUUCUAUUUCCGGAGCCGCGGGCAUCGUUUGUUCCAACACAGACUUAAUAUCAAUCCUGAGCUCGUUGGCGUCCUCUGCGACAGAGAUCAACCGAUGCGGCGAGGAAGCAUCGACGUCGCGAGAAGAGAGCAAGUCCAGUUGGUCGGGCAAAACCGCCGAGCAAAAACGUAGCCGGUUGAAGAGCUUUCGCUCGAACAGCUUCGACAUAUCGAUUCUUCACGGUGCUAAAAACAAACUCGCUGGAUCCUCGAAGGCUGCUGGUUCAUCCAUUCCGGCGCCGUCGAACUGGUUCACCAAGAGGCAUCAGCCGAUGUCGAAAAAGCAGAAGACGGAGGACCUGAUAGCACCGAGCUUAAACUUCAAGUUCAACAAGUCGAAGGUCGUGAAGGCGGUCAAGGAAACUAUCGGGAAAACGUCUCCUAUUGGCGACAUCAGACACAAGGUCGUUUGGGACGACACGAGCGGCACGAAGGUAGAUGCUCAGGUGUUAGGCACGGCAAUAGAAAAAAUUUUGACCGCGCAGAGAGGGAGCGACGCGGAGGCAUCCGGAUCGACUGGGAAACCUUCGGUAUCGCCGAACAAACAGAGAUCCAACAAAGUAGCGAAUUGGUUCGCGGGCAACAACAAAGAACAAGAGCAAACCGAAUCUUGCGAGCAAUCAAUUUGUUCCUCCUUGAAAGACCUCUUCGUUAAGUAGUGUGCAAGCACGAACGUGGUCUCGUUCGAUUGGUCAACGCUUCUUCGUUUGAGGUUUUAUUCAGAAAUUAAUGCGACCUAAUAGCUGAUCUACAAAUGACUGAAAACUCCAAUUAAUAAUCGAAGACAGCGUUGUAGGCAUCUGUUACGCUAAUUCCAAGUGGUUGCAUUCCACUGACUGCAUUUCAUACGAUCGCUACAUACAGGGUGUUCCGCCUAACUCUUGUAUCUUAAAUAUUUUCCCGUGUUUUUUUAUGAUAGAACAGAACGUAGAAGGAAACC